CAUGUAACAAUAUUAAGUUGGAAGAAGGAAUCCUUCAUGUAAAAUUUAUACUUAAUAGAUUAGAACCAUAAUAAUAAUCAUUAAAAUACAAUCAAUAUCAAUCAAGAUCACCAUUUUAAAGUAUUGAAAAUACCUAAAAUACAUAAAUCUCAUCUAAUAAAUUUCAUCAUAAAGCAAGCACUGAUAUUGAUUCUAUCAAUUAAAAUACAUCCAUUGCAACUAAUCCAUAUUAUAAUUAAUAUCUCAAAAGAGCAUCCAAUUCUAGUCAUCAAGAUAAACCUCUUGUAAAUUUUAUUCAUUAUCUUAUAUAGUCAUUGUAAUAUAGUAAUUCUAAAUCUAAUCUAAAUCCAAAUUAAUCACAUGAUUAUUCAAUAUAAUUUAAAGUUGGAACCAAAAAUGAUAAAAAAAAUGAUUCAGUUAAUGAAACUCAUUUAUCAUAAUUCAUUAAUCCAAAUAAAUAAUUUGUUUGUAUGAGUCCUACUCAAAAUCGUGAUAAUUCCAUUAUUUUUUAAUCUCCAAAACCAACUCAAUAAACUACUAUUGUUUAAUCCCCAUAACCAUAUAAUUUAAUCAAUACUCCUCUUUAUUAUAAUAAUAAAGGAUCAUAAUCUUAGCUUAAAACUAUCAAUUAUAAUAAUCAUAAUUUAGUUAUUGAAUUUAAAUAAUUACAAGAAUCUAAUAAUUUAAUGCAAUAAACUAUUCAUUAAAUUGAGACUGAAGUAUAUAGAGGUUAAUCUUCUCAAUUUAUUCAAGAAUUAGAAUAAAAAAUUCAUUUAUUGAAAUAGCUUAAUGAAAAAUUAUAAUAUGAAAAUUAGUAACUUAUUGAAUAAACUGAUAUUUAAAAAUUGAAAGAAAAUUUUGGAAAAUCAUAAUAAACUCGUAAACUAACAUCAUAGUAACUUUAGAGUACUAAAAAUGAAUUAUAGUAAUACAAAUUAAAAUGUGAUGAAUUAUAAAAUAAAAUUGAUUAAAAUGAUGAUUCCUAAAUUAAAGACCUAGUUAUUGAAUUAGAAAGUAAAGUUUAAAAUCUUAUUGCUGAAAAUGAUAGAUUGAAUAAAUAAUUAUUUUCAAAUUCUAAUCAUUAAAUUAAUUCUGAUAUUACUAAAAUUAAAAAUGAUAUUGAUAAUUUGAAUAAAUAACAAUAACAAUUGAAAAGGGAAGAAGAUCAUUUGAAAUUAACAUAUAAAUAAAUUGAAUAAGUUUAUGAGUAAAAAAUUGCAGAUAAUUUAUAUGCUGAUCUAAAUGAAAAAAUUCAAUUAUUGAUUGAAGAAAAUGAAAGAUUAUAACAAGUCAUCAAUGAUUCUGAAUACACAGAAUAAGAUCUUUAAGAAAUCAAAUCAAGAGUAAAAUAAUAUUAUAUAUAUCUUAGAUAAAAGUUGUUAAACAGGAUAAUUUUAAAAUGGAACAGUAAUUAAAAAGAAAAAAUCAUAAUAAAAAUUAUUGA